AUGAAACCGGCGGCUAGACCUUUUGCUUGGCGGCUAGCCGUGGUCUUGUGCCGUUACAACCUGGGCGUCUCGGCGCUGUCUAAGGAGUUUCCACAAGACUUUGACUUGCUGCCAAGUAUGGCCUCGGGCAGAUCCCUUGUAGGGCUGUCCAAGCAACCUCCCCCGUUGGACCACUGGUCUAGCGGCGAAGGCUGGAUUCGGUGGAUUACUAGGCGAUGCCAAACGUCCAUUGAACGCAAUGGGGACCCACGUAUCCCCUCUGACGCUGGGCGGUCGCAGCAUGCUGUGGCCACCCCGGCGGAAGAAGAAUUGUGGGCUACGCAAGCUCAGCUAGACACUUUCACUUGCUGA